AGUGUCAGGCUGAACAGGGAAUUUAACCCUGUGAGCUGCAGCAGACGUAAAAGUUGUUGUUGUGGGGGGUUCUGGUCCAGGGCCCGGUUCUUCCUGUUGACCACAGAACUUCCUGUGGCUGAACGGCGUGACGCCAGCGGUGGCGUCGACGGCAGCUCCUCAGUCACUGCCAGCUGCAGCAGGGAAGGAGUUAAAGGGAAACUGCUCCUAACGCCGCCGACAUGGUGACUACCGAGUCCCACCAGAGCCAGGACCUGAUGGUCCCCGCCGAGGCUCAGGACCUGGACCUCAACCUGGACCUGCUGGCAGGGGAAGCCGCCUCACCCACCUCCCCUUCAGCGGUGUUCGACCCGGACAAGUUGGGCCAGGGUCCCGUCAACGCCAUCACGGUGCUGACGCUGCUGGACAAGCUGGUCAACAUGCUGGACGCUGUGCAGGACAACCAGCACAAGAUGGAGAACCACCAGGUCCAGAUGGAGGACGUGGUCAGAGGGAUCCAGGCGGACAUGACCAGGCUGUCCAAGAAUCACAGCCACACCUCCAACACCGUCAGCAAGCUGCUGGACAAGAGCCGCAAGCUGUCUGUGACCAUGAAGGAGGUGCGUGAGAGGAUGGAGCGUCAGGGCGCCCAGGUGAAGAAGCUGGAGGCGAACCACGCCCACCUGAUCAGCAGGAACAACUUCAAAGUGCUCAUCUUCCAGGAGGAAAACGAGAUCCCUACCUCUGUUUUCGUGAAGGACCCUCCACCGUUCCCCCGUGACGAGAUCCUGGAGGAGGGCGAUCAACCUAGCCCAGGCGUCAGCGAUGGGAAGCAGGAGGGGGGCUUCCAUACCAUCGACCUGUCGUCUGACGAAGACGUGGGCCUGGAGGCCGACAUGGAUGAAGAGGAGCCGUGGCCUCAGGACCUGGACACCAUGGACCAGUCCAGAGCAGACAAGCUGAAGAGGUCCAGCCUGAAGAAGGUGGAUAGUCUGAAGAAGGCCUUCUCCAGACAGAACAUUGAGAAGAAGAUGACCAAGUUGGGGACCAGGAUCGUCUCUGCAGAACAACGUGAGAAGAUCAAGCAGAGAACGGCCAGUCUGAAGGUGUCCCCGCUGUCCUUCGGCCCCAGGAAGCCCCGCAGCAGCUCAGACUCCCAGCCUCCAGAGGCCUCCGGCCACACCAGGGAGUCCCUCUCCUCCGAGACGGAGGUCCAGCUCUCCCCAUCCAGCGGCGCUGAGCAGGAGGUCCCCUUCACCGAGGUCCACGCCAGCCUGGCUCCUGCUGACCAGCAGGGGGACCUCAGGGAGGAAGUGGAGAAGGAGAUGAAGGCUGCCCAGGAAGUCUGGGAGGAGCUGAAGGAGGAAGAGGAGGAGGGGGUGGCUGAGGAGGUCAGGGAGGCGCUGAAGGAGGAAGAGGAGGGGGGGUCUGCCGUUGGGGAGGUCAGGGAGGCGCUGAAGGAGGGUUCCUUGGUGGUGGAGGCUGAGGUGUCGGUGGUCUCUGAGGGACUGAGUGAGGAGUAUGCUCUGUCCUCCACCCUCCCUCAGGAGACAGGAGCAGAGGAGAAGGAGGAGCAAUCCUAAUCUGACCAAUCAGAGAGUCCAGAGCUUCUUAAAGGAACGGUUCCCUCAUUCCCUGAAUCUCUGCGACUCCACCCUGAACCACGACCAAAAGGCCUUCUGCUUUAGUUCUGGCUCCUUUAAUCACCGUAGUUCACCCAACUCUCCCUAGAACCUCUCCCAAGGUUCUCCCAAGGUUCUCCCACCUUCUCCUCAGAUAGACCUCCAGCCUCCCAGAGAUCCAGACCACAGAAGGUUCUCCCACCUUCUCCUCAGAUAGACCUCCAGCCUCCCAGAGAUCCAGACCACAGAAGGUUCUCCCAAGGUUCUCCCACCUUCUCCUCUGAUAGACCUCCAGCCUCCCAGAGAUACAGACCACAGAAGGUUCUCCCAAGGUUCUCUCACCUUCUCCUCAGAUAGACCUCCAGCCUCCCAGAGAUCCAGACCACAGAAGGUUCUCCCAAAGUUCUCCCACCUUCUCCUCAGAUAGACCUCCAGCCUCCCAUAGAUCCAGACCACAGAAGGUUCUCCCAAAGUUCUCCCACCUUCUCCUCAGAUAGACCUCCAGCCUCCCAGAGAUCCAGACCACAGAAGGUUCUCCCAAGGUUCUCCCACCUUCUCCUCAGAUAGACCUCCAGCCUCCCAGAGAUCCAGACCACAGAAGGUUCUCCCAAAGUUCUCCCACCUUCUCCUCAGAUAGACCUCCAGCCUCCCAGAGAUCCAGACCACAGAAGGUUCUCCCAAUGUUCUCCUCAGAUAGACCUCCAGCCUCCCAGAGAUCCAGACCACAGAAGGUUCUCCCAAUGUUCUCCCACCUUCUCCUCAGAUAGACCUCCAGCCUCCCAGAGAUCCAGACCACGGUUAGAAAUGAGGGCAGAGAUGUUUGUCCCUUUAAGUUUGACGGUGUCUUGUUCUAGAUCAUGUUCCUCUAACGAAACCCAACUCAGAUAUCCUGAAGUUCAGACAUCCAGAACCCAUCGGGACCUCUGAAAGUUCUGGUGUUCUGAUGUUCUGUAGAGUCUCAGACUGGACAUGGAUUCUCACCUGAUGAUACGGUUCCUUUAAGGUUCUCAACAGUCUUCUGCUUUUCAUCAUUCAAUGUAACCUGAGAACCAUCAGGAAUGUUAGAACCGACCUGAUCAAGAACCUACGGGAACCAUGGCGGUUAUCCUGUGCUCAGGAACCCUCAGUGGGAACACAGAACCCUGAAAACAUCACAUUUCAGGUUCUGUAAAGAUCCAUCCAAAGAUUAGUGACGUCUUCCAGAUGUUCUGAUAGCACCUAAAGAUUUCACCAGCAAUAGGGUUCCUGAUUGUACUUUUUCUCAAGGGUUCUUUAAUGUUCACCUAUAACCUCAGGGGUUCUGCUUUCACAUUUUCUGAACAUCUUGAUGUUCCACAAAGAUCCCAACCAGGACCUUUUUAAAUGGUCCUUACAGCAGGUUGUUUAGUAGACAGAACAGCAGGUUCCACCAAGGUCUCCGUCAUUGUUCUCCAAUGUUACAGAAGGAACACCCUGCUUUGUCACCAAAGUUCCUCUGCAGUCCAUCCAAGGUUCUUCAUGUUCUGACAUUCCAAAGUACUUUCUCCACAUUCCCCAAAGCUCAUGGGAGGCUGAACUUCUAACCAAUGUUCCUGAACCGGAUGUUCUGCUGAUGUUCCUCUUGGCAGGACUCCAAUGUUUUCCUUGUGUUCCUCUCCCAGGGUUCAGCUGACGUUCUAUUCAUGGUACCAUCUAGUACCCUGACUCCAACGCUGCCUAACUCUAGUUUGAUGUUCUUUCAUCAGAACCUUUAAAUGUUCACGUUCCACCAAUGCACUGGCCCAGUCCUUGUUUUCCACACCUCCCCUAACGUUCCCCAGUGUUCUGUCUUAGAUUGAUAACGUUCCCCAGUGUUCUGUCUUAGGUAUAAAUAACGUUCCCUUGUGUUCUGUCUUAGGUAGAUAACGUUCCCCAGUGUUCUGUCUUAGAUUGAUAACGUUCCCCAGUGUUCUGUCUUAGGUAGAUAACGUUCCCCAGGAUUCUGUCUUAGGUAGAUAACGUUCCCCAGUGUUCUGUCUUAGACUGAUAACGUUCCCCAGUGUUCUGUCUUAGGUAGAUAACGUUCCCCAGGAUUCUGUCUUAGGUAGAUAACGUUCCCCAGUGUUCUGUCUUAGGUAGAUAAUGUUCCCCAGUGUUCUGUUUUAGAUUGAUAACGUUCCCCAGUGUUCUGUCUUAGGUAGAUAACGUUCCCCAGUGUUCUGUUUUAGGUAGAUAACGUUCCCCUGUGUUCUGUUUUAGGUAGAUAACGUUCCUCAGUGUUCUGUUUUAGGCUGAUAAUGUUCCCCAGUGUUUUGUUUUAGAUUGAUAACGUUCCCCAGUGUUCUGUCUUAGAUUGAUAACGUUCCCCAGUGUUCUGUCUUAGGUAGAUAACGUUCCCCAGUGUUCUGUCUUAGGUAGAUAACGUUCCUCAGUGUUCUGUUUUAGGCUGAUAAUGUUCCCCAGUGUUUUGUUUUAGAUUGAUAACGUUCCCCAGUGUUCUGUCUUAGAUUGAUAACGUUCCCCAGUGUUCUGUCUUAGGUAGAUAACGUUCCUCAGUGUUCUGUUUUAGGCUGAUAAUGUUCCCCAGUGUUUUGUUUUAGAUUGAUAACGUUCCCCAGUGUUCUGUCUUAGAUUGAUAACGUUCCCCAGUGUUCUGUCUUAGGUAGAUAACGUUCUAGUGUUUAUAACGUUCCCCAGUGGAGAUCCACGCACCAGUAUUUAAUGGUUUUGUCUAAUACUGUCACAUUGUUGGCAUGCACAGCAGUAUCCAACGUUCUCCUGAUGUUCUCCUGAGGUUCUCCUGAGGUUCUGGCCGUCUUUUUCAAAAGCUAAAGGUUAAACAGGCCGUAAAAGAACAUUUCUGUGGACGUGCUGGUCUCUAGAACCCUGAGGAUGAGCUGGCUGGCUGUUCUCAGAGCGGAGAACCUUUGAGAUGACGAGCAUCCGUCUGAUCUGCAUAAGUUGAUUAAUUUCUGAUGUUCUUGUCACAGUGAAACCUUGUUCUGCCAAAGAUAAUGUUCCUCUAUGUCUCGCCGCUGGUGUUGACCAAUCACCUGCAUUUAAUAAAGUUCCACACACACA